UGAACAAGUGCUAAUUGCCGAGAUGUGCGAUGCACACACAGAGCCAUCAUGUUGAUACGAUCGCAAAGCCGGGUAACGUCAGCAUCCCAGAGACCCUCCUCCAAGUCGGAUUAGAGAGAAGAGGCUCAACGGUGCCGAGCAGCAGGGGCCGGAGGAGGCAGCCGGAGCCGCUCGCCAGGGGACCUUGGGAGCGGGGAGUAGCCCUGUCGGAAACUUCUUCAUUGUUUGUGGAAUCUCAGUCAAUGAAAAGAGUCUGAACUCCGACACAAAGAAAGGCACUAAUUAAACGCUGCCACGCUUCUGCUCCAGCAGGGAAAAGCAGGCACUGUGCAAGAGAAACAGCAGCCAUCCCUGGAGUCCUCCGAGGGCUGUGAAUCGCCGACCAGGCACAAAGCUUCAUCUCUGCCCUCCCUGUUCCUGCCAGCCCUGGGAAGAACUCUUGCUGCAGACAGUUGAACUGGGGCCACUUGACUUCCCCAGCAAAGAAAAGCCACAGCUCACCGGGAUGCUCUCAGAGAGAUGAGUUCCAUGACUAACACAGGGAGUUAUAAUUCUCAUUUGCUUUUUUUCAUGGAGCCUUAUGUGUCUUUCAAUCAUUUCCCCCCCCCCCACAAUCGCUUCAAAAUCUAAAUUCCCCAAUGGCAUGGGACAAGAGAGGUAAGUUUGAUGGUCCAUGCUGCCUCACAAGCCACUCUUUGGAAAUAACCCACUUCUAAAUGAGAUAGCAGCUGCUUCUCAAACAGAAAAAAGGCGCUGUCUCCUGGGCUAGCAGGGCUUUCAAUCAUAUCCGUGGGCAGUCUGUGACCAGCAGGCAUGGGAAACAGCUCUCUCUGGGAUGAUCUGAACAGCACCUGCAGCAACGCAGGUAACAGCUGCUACCUGCACAACAGCAUGAGGUUCAACUUAACAUUCCAAGAGCAGGCAGCUGAUUUCUACAUUGUCCUGCCUGUCAUUUACUCUGUGAUCUGUGCUGUUGGGCUCACAGGCAACACUGCUGUCAUCUAUGUGAUCCUCAAGGCCCCCAAGAUGAAGACUGUGACAAACAUGUUCAUCCUGAACCUUGCUAUAGCUGAUGACUUGUUCACACUUGUCUUGCCCAUUAAUAUUGCUGAACACCUCCUCCACUACUGGCCCUUUGGAGAAGUCCUCUGCAAGGUCAUCUUGUCCAUAGACCACUAUAAUAUCUUCUCCAGCAUUUAUUUCCUAACAGUGAUGAGCAUAGACAGGUAUCUGGUAGUACUGGCCACGGUCAGGUCCAAGAGGAUGCCACAUCGUACAUACCGAGCAGCCAGGAUUGUCAGUUUGUGCAUCUGGAUCCUAGUCACCAUCAUAGUUCUCCCUUUCAUCAUCUUUGCCAAUGUCUACAUAGAUGACCUGGAGAUCAAGAGUUGCGGUCUCAACUUCCCCAAGCCUGAAAGGUUUUGGUUCAAGGCCAGCAGGAUCUAUACCCUCAUCCUUGGCUUUGCAAUUCCAGUAUCCACCAUCUGCAUCCUUUACACCAUGAUGCUCUACAAGCUAAGGAACAUGCACUUGAACUCUAAUGCUAAAGCCCUGGACAAAGCCAAGAAGAAAGUCACUAUUAUGGUCUUCAUAGUCCUGGCUGUGUGUCUCUUCUGUUGGACCCCCUUUCACUUGGCCACCAUCGUGGCUUUGACCUCUGACUUGCCCCAGACCUCCAUGGUCAUUGGUAUAUCCUACUUCAUCACCAGCCUAAGCUAUGCCAACUCAUGCUUGAAUCCUUUCUUGUAUGCUUUCCUGGAUGACAGUUUUCGGAAAAGUUUCCGGAAGAUGCUGGAAUGCAGAACUUCUUGAACAGUGGUUUGGGGCUCACAGAUCUCUCCCAUGGCUUUGCAGGGGCAACUUUGCAGACUGAAGGGGUGGCUCAUGAAUGUACAAUGUUUGUUCUUUCAUUCACACGUAAUGUGUGUGUCCAUUUAUCAUUAUCAUUCACAUGGUUUGUCCUGCUUACUCGCCAGUCCUGCAUUUUCCCUCUGCACCUCCCAACUUCUCAAAGUUGCUUUUCUAUAUUCUUGCUUUUAAUCACACACCCUGAAGCAUUAGGACAGAAAACUUCCUUUCCAGAGGUAUAUUUCUACUACAUAGUGGUCCUUUAUUGCCCUCUGCUGUACAGCACAGAGAUACUGGGGACCAGCUUUCAGAUUAAUGUAACGCUUGGUUCUUAAUAGCUGUGUUAUUUGGAGGAUUGGUUCAUGGAGCAGAGCUAACAAGCACUUUCAAGGACACAUCAACAAAAGACAGAGGAUGAAAGAUGAGUAUUUGCAAGAGAAAAUGAACCAUUUUCACAUCCAUGUACGUGCAUAUGUGUGUUAUGGCUUUGGGUUGGUUUUUUUUGAUUUUGAGAUGUCUGCUUUCCACCCCCACCUCAAACUCCCUCUUUCCUGAGCUGUUAACACAAGUUAAAUUUAAACCAAAAGCAAGAUCUGCAUCUCAAAAAUAGUGUUAAACAACACACCAUCCAAAUAUUAUGGCAACUGUGGGAAUUUGUGUUAGAAAUUAUUUUUAACUAAUUGUUCCUGUUGUCAAAUAUAUACUUACUGAAGAGUGAUUAAUGAA